AAUAAAUUCUUUUUAUUGUCAGAACCUUUCUUCUAGCGCAAAAAUUCAAUCUGUAAUAAUGUCAAAACUAUACUAUCCGCCACAAUUUUGACUUGAUUUGCAAGUAAAUUCAGCAGGCUUGAUUGGUGUAAUGUUUAAAUUUUUUGUUCAAGAUGCCCAUAUCAGCUGGCCCUAUAUCGCUUGAGAUUAGGGCGAAGUUUUUAUUAUUAAAAUUAAUAAAAAACCAAACUCGAAAUGCCCGUGUUUACGGCAAAUAUUCCCAGUCUACUCAAAGUUGGGGAUCGAAUAGAAAUAGGAGGUAAAAUAAAAGAAAAUGCCCGGAAGAUGUCAGUGAACCUGUGCGCGCAGGAGGGCGAGGAGCCGCGCGACGUGGUGCUCCACUUCGACGUGCGCUUCCACCGGGACAACAUCAUCUCCUUGUCGCGGAAGAACGGCAUCUGGAUCGGCAGCGGGAACUACGACACCAACUAUAAUAUGUUUGUGCCGGGUACGAUAUUCCGAAUAAUAUUCGAAGUGAAGGACACGGAUGUCAUCACCAUCUACUGUCAGGGGAAGUUUCAUUCGAACUUCUUACCAAAGAUCCCGUUGUCUAUGGCUCGGUACAUCGUCGCAUGGGCCGAUGUUGAGAGGAUCACGCACUGCUAUUUCCACUUUGGUAACAAGGCGGUCAGCGGUGAUGAGCCCCCAAUAGCUGCGUCGGCAUACGCGCCCUCCUCGCCACGUCCGAACAUAGUUGGCGAUGGUAAGAGGUGUGUCCGACAGCACGUGAAAAAAUCGGCUCCAGAUUCUCCACGCAUGAACUCCUCUAACGAGAGCUCGGAGGACGAGAAGCCUCGACCAAAAGCCGAAGGGCGCGCGGACAGAUUCUUCUACGAAACUCUCAUGUGCCAACCUGAGCACCAAUUUCUUCAAGACCCAUCGAAAUACCGGCGAGACCCAAAAAUAGACUAUAGUAGGAAAUACAGAGAUAUGACAGACACAGAAAAAAAUGACAGCGAAGAUUAUACUGAAGAGAUUGCAUCAAAAAACAUGGAUUCGUCCGCAAUUGACUCUGAAGAUAUGGCGAAAAAACGCGGGCGACGCGGGAAGUUCGCGCCAUUUGCACAGGUCGUAAAUUUUAUGGGAAAGACGGGGAGGAGAAAUUAGUGUUGUGCAUGAAAGACCGAUUGUUUUUCGAUUGGUGAUGUCUUUUUUUUGUUGUAUGUGCUAGUAACUUUUCUCUGUAUGUUUUAUGAUGAUAUAAUAAUUCCAUAGAAAGAUUAUCUUUUAUUUCAU